UGGUGAAAUCUUCAAAUCUUUAUUUUUAAAAAAAAGAAAAAAAAGAAAUCCUAUUUUAAAAAGAUUUCUCUCUCUUUUCUUGUUGAUUUGAACUGAAGACAGCGCCUUUAUAGCUAUCUAUAUGUCAUUUUAUCUUUUGGGAUUUUGUCGCUGAUGCACAGAGAAUUGGAGAGAGAAGAAGGAGAGAGAGAGAGAGGAGAUUGAGAGCGAGGAUGUUUGAGAGGAGUAUCAUGGAGCUUGAAGCUUUGAAAUGGAGCAGCUUAUGUUCUUCUGUCUGAAAUACACACUGCAGAUAUUGGAUAUGAGAUGGAUUUUUCUGAGUCUACGAAGGUUGUUUUCAAUAGAAUCCAGAAGCUAGAGCCUGAGAAUUUCUCUAAGAUUAUUGGGUACCUCCUUUUACAAGACCAUGGCGACCGCGAGAUGAUCCGGUUAGCAUUUGGCCCCGACACUUUGAUUCAUGCCCUGAUCAGUACAGCGAAAGCUGAGCUCGGGUUGUCACCCAAACUGUCCAUUUCGAUUCCGGUCACACCCUCUUCGAUCAAUCCAUCCCAGCCAAAUUCUGAUCUCCCUCUACAAUUCACUCCUUUCACUCCAUCAUCCCGUCCAUUUUCUUCCCCUGCUACGCUCCGGGCCGCAUCGCCUUACUGGGACCCGCAGCAGCUCCUUAAUGAUCAACAACCGAUUCAUAACAUAGAUUUUGUCCCAUCAGCUUAUACUGGUUCGUUAGGAGAUGACUACCGUAUUACCAACCAUACUCAGUUCUUGAACUUGGAGGAUCAGCUAGAGCCUGUCAACUCCGUUGGGGAUGAAUUCUCAGGCAGUUACUACUACCACGAUUCCACACUGGGUGGUUUGGGCACGAGAACAAGCAGGAGAUCACCGAGCCUGCCUGAAUUCCCACUGAAGAUCUGCCAUUACUUUAAUAAGGGUUACUGUAAGCAUGGCACAAAUUGUAGAUACUUUCAUGGGCAAGCUGUUCCAGACAGCUUCUCGCAGAUCUUUAACCCAAGCCCAAAUGACUUGCUUGUUGAUGAUCAUGUCUUCUUGCCUGGGUCACUUGAGAAGCUUGAAUUAGAGCUUACAGAGCUCUUGAAAUCAAGAAGGGGAUUGCCUGUCUCGAUCGCCUCUUUGCCGAUGAUGUAUUAUGAGAAGUAUGGGAGGACUCUUCAGGCAGAGGGCUAUCUUACAGAGAGCCAGAGGCAUGGGAAAGCUGGUUACAGUCUGACAAAGCUACUCGCCCGAUUAAAUAAUAGUAUUCGUCUCAUUGACAGACCACAUGGACAGCAUUCUGUAGUUCUUGCGGAAGAUGCCCCGAGAUACAUGGAAUACAGGAACGAGAGGAGCGAUCCAGGUGGAAUAGUCGCUGGUUCCCGCCAAAUUUAUUUGACUUUCCCAGCCGAGAGUACCUUUACUGAGGAAGAUGUUUCCAACUAUUUCAAGAGUUUUGGGCCAGUUCAGGAUGUAAGAAUUCCGUGCCAACAGAAACGCAUGUUUGGGUUUGUAACGUUCAUGUAUCCAGAGACCGUGAAACUAAUUCUAACAAAGGGAAAUCCCCACUUCGUCUGUGGUGCUCGUGUACUGGUCAAACCAUAUAGGGAGAAAUCAAGACUUGUCGACAGAAAAUACGAGAAAAUCGAGCCCCAAAUGUAUUAUCCUUCUCACUUUCUGGACAUGGAUCCCGAGCUUCAUGCACUGCCGAGAGUCUGUGAUAAUUCAAGGCUACUAAGAAAGCAGCUGAUGGAGGAGCGUGAGCAGGUGAUCGAACUCGAGAGAAGGCGGUUGUCUGAGUUGCAUUUAGCUCCCAAGCCACUGACACACCCCUAUUUGAGCUACUCUCCAAUGGAGGAAUUGAAACUUGCUGAAGGUCUUUCCGAUCUUUUUCAUUCCGUGGGUUUAGAUCUCUAUCAUGAGUUCCCAUCGGCAGAUCGGUUCAAUUACCUGUUCGAUGUCAUAAACAACGGUUCGACAAGUGACGAUAAUGCAAAGCAUGCAAGCAGCAAUUACGGUGAUCAGGAGAGCAGCCAAGUACUUAAUCUCCCCGAGAGCCCGUUCGCUUCUCCAAUAGCGAGCAGCAUCUCCACAGUCAUAUAGAGAAAAAAAAAAAAAAAAAGAUUCAAAACAAAAACAGCGAAAUUUAUAGAAAAAAAGGUAGAACGACACAACCCGAUUCGAAUUCCAUCUAUUUCCAAUGCUUUCAACACUACACUUUUUCUCUUUUCUUACCCGAUCCGGCCGAAAACAAACAACACCCGAAUCCGAAUCAUUUCUCCCUAAACCGGGGGCAAAUCGCAAAGAAAGAUUACAGAGGAGUUACAUGUAACUAAUCCUACUACACUUUGUUCUUAUUGUAAUCACAGGAGGAAAGGUCUUUUCUGUGAAACUUAGAGAAAGGAAUGGUGUAAUAUAGUCUUAGAAAAAAAGAAAAAAAAAACUACAUAUAUGCAGAGAUGAAAGAAAGGAAAAACAAAGUUGUAGUAUCUCUGCCACAUUGAAAUAGAUGAAAAUAAUUAAUUAAAACAAAA